AUGUACUUUGCUAAACUCGCUUUACUCGCUCUUCCUUUCCUUGGAUUGGCAGCCUCCAAACCUAUUGCCAUCGAAAAGAGGGCUACUGCAGUUGAUGUAGUCUCCACUCUCCAAAAUGUCAUUGCUGGUCCAAUCACCACACUGAAAUCAUCAGACGUUUCAGCUGCAGAUGCUACAUCCGCUUUAGUUUCUAUCAAAUCUGCAAUUUCAGUAGCUACUGUAUCUAUUGGUUCCGCCACUGCCAAGAGAGAUUUGGAAGGUCUGGCUUCAUCUUUAUCAUUGGAGAAGAGAGAUGAUCUAUCUAUUGUCGGUCAAGUCUUGGCUGAAGUGAUCAAGGACAUCGUUGUGGCCGUUGAAGGUUUAGCAGAUGAUCUGAAAGGUCUCCCAUUAAUCGGAGCACUCAUCAUUGAUAUUGAUUUCGGACUCAACACGCUUCUUUUAGGCGUCGAACUUGUCCUCGCUGGUGUCAUCGAGAUCCUCCAAGGCCUUUUGAGUGGAGUUGCAAACCUCUUACAAAACUUGGGUAAUGGUCUUCUUGCCGGACUUAUCUUGGCUUGA